GAAACCGUGGUUACUUCUUUUUCGUAUGAAGUAUGAACAGACUUGCAGAAGAGAGAGAGUCUGAGAGAGAGAGAGAGAGACAGAGAGUGAUAUUCUUUUCUUGAGCGUGAGGACUGUUUGUCGCCGAGGCUGUCACUUUUUUUUUUUCUCUCUGGGUAUAUUUGAAGGUGAAACGCAACUAUGUUUUGUCUCCUUGAGCGUAGGAACUGGAAUGAACUGUUAAAAGCUUUAUAUAUGGUUGUGGGGUUCAAGCAACCUCUCUUUGCCGUCGUCCAGACAGCUCCUUCUGGCCCAGGCGCUUAUUGUGCAUUUGUAUUAAUGAGCUGAAGAAUAAGCCAAUUAAGUGCGGCCAUUCUUAGAGAUGGAGAUACUCCUUCUCCAGAUUAGAAGGUCAGGAAGAGUGGUUAUGUUGAGAGCACUGCCCGUGAUCAUUCUUUGUAUGUUGGCCCCAAAGGAAGUCAAGGGUAGGGCUGGAUUCGCUGAAAAUGCCAGUGCUUCUUCGUCAAGCUCAAGGCCUAGUGUUGUUAAUGUUGGAGUGCUGUUUACUUUUAAUUCGGUCAUCGGGAGAGCAGCAAGGCCGGGGAUCCAAGCUGCCAUAGAUGAUGUUAAUUCCAAUUCAAGCAUACUGGCUGGGACAAAGUUGAAUGUUAUUUUUCACGAUACAAAUUGCAGUGGAUUUCUAGGAACUGUUGAAGCUUUGCAGCUUAUGGAGAACGAUGUUGUUGCUGUAAUUGGUCCACAGUCAUCUGGAAUAGCUCAUGUUAUAUCUAAUAUAGUUAAUGAACUUCAUGUGCCACUUCUAUCAUUUGGGGCAACAGACCCCACUCUUUCUGCACUACAGUAUCCAUACUUCCUGCGUACUACACAAAAUGACUACUUCCAGAUGUAUGCAAUUGCUGAUUUGGUUGUGUUUUAUGGAUGGAGGGAGGUGGUUGCCAUCUUUGUAGAUGAUGAUUAUGGAAGAAGUGGGAUUUCUGUAUUGGGCGAUGCCCUUGCAAAGAAGCGUGCCAAGGUUUCUUAUAAGGCUGCCUUCAGUCCUGGAUCCUCCAGAAGUGAAAUCAAUGACUUAUUAGUUGGAGUAAACCUGAUGGAAUCUCGAGUGUAUGUUGUACACGUAAAUCCUGACUCUGGUCUAACAAUUUUUUCAGUUGCUAAGCAGCUCGGGAUGACGACAAGCGGUUAUGUUUGGAUUGCUACAGAUUGGCUUCCAUCUAUAUUAGAUGCAUCAGAUCCGGUUAGCCCUGAAACAAUGGAUCUCGUGCAAGGGGUUCUUGCACUACGCCAUCACACCCCAGAUUCUGAUAUCAAGAAGAAUUUCCUGUCAAGGUGGAGCAAUUUAAAAUAUAGAGGGAACUCAGGCUUGAAUUCUUAUGCAUUUUAUGCAUAUGAUUCUGUCUUGUUAGUUGCUCAUGCACUUGACAUCUUUUUCAAUGAAGGUGGAAAUAUUUCGUUCUCUAAUGAUCCCAGGCUGCAGAACAGAAAUGGAAGUGCACUACACUUAGCAGCACUCCGCAUCUUUAAUGGAGGACAGCAGUUGCGUGCAAAAUUAAUUGAAAUGAACUUGACAGGUCUGACUGGUCAGAUUCAAUUCGAUUCGGAAAAGAAUCGAAUUCAUCCUGCAUAUGAUAUUCUUAACAUUGGUGGCACUGCAUCCCGCAGGAUUGGUUUUUGGUCAAAUUAUUCGGGCCUAUCAGUUGUUGCUCCAGAAAUAUUAUAUAUGAAGCCCCCAAACACUUCUUCCAGUAAUCAACAACUCUACAGUGUCAUAUGGCCUGGUGAAACGACAAUAAAGCCCCGUGGAUGGGUGUUUCCCAACAAUGGGAAGCCACUGAGAAUUGCUGUGCCAAACCGAGUAAGUUAUCAAGAAUUUGUGGGAAAAGACAAGGGUCCCCUUGGAGUAAGGGGAUACUGUAUUGAUAUCUUUGAGGCUGCAGUAACCUUGUUGCCUUAUGCUGUCCCACGCAACUAUGUUUUAUAUGGAGAUGGUUCAAGAAAUCCUGUCUACAAUAAUCUAGUGUAUGAUGUUUCUCAAAAUAAAUUUGAUGCAGCUGUUGGGGACGUAACCAUUGUCACAAACAGGACCAAGAUAGUGGAUUUUACACAGCCUUAUAUGGAAUCUGGACUUACAGUGGUAGUGCCUGUGAGAGAGAUGAAAUCCAGUGCUUGGGCUUUCCUCAAGCCAUUUACCGUACAAAUGUGGUUUGUGACCGGCGCCUUUUUUAUUUUUGUGGGAGCUGUUGUUUGGAUUCUUGAGCACCGGAUGAACCAUGAAUUUCGUGGCACACCACGGCAACAGCUUAUAACAGUUUUUUGGUUCAGUUUCUCAACAAUGUUUUUUGCUCACAGAGAAAACACUGUGAGCUCCCUUGGACGCUUGGUGCUGAUCUUGUGGCUAUUUGUCGUGCUAAUUAUUAAUUCAAGCUACACAGCUAGUUUGACUUCAAUACUCACAGUGCAGCAGUUAACAACAAGGAUUGAAGGGAUAGAUAGCUUGAUCUCAAGUACUGAUCCAAUUGGGGUUCAAGAUGGGUCAUUUUCAUGGAAUUAUCUGGUCAAUGAGCUCAACAUAGCAGAGUCUAGGCUUGUUAAGUUGAAAAGCCAGGAAGAGUAUGCUACUGCUCUUCAGAAUGGACCAAAAGAUGGCGGCGUUGCUGCCAUUGUUGAUGAGCUCCCCUAUAUUGAGCUCUUCCUGUCCAGCACCAAGUGUGCAUUCAGGACCGUGGGACAGGAGUUCACAAAGAGUGGAUGGGGAUUUGCAUUCCAGAGGGACUCCCCUCUUGCGGUCGACUUGUCAACAGCUAUACUUCAACUCUCUGAAAAUGGUGAUCUACAAAGAAUCCAUGACAAAUGGUUGUCGAGCAGCUCAUGCUCUGCACAAGCCAACAAUGAUGAAGACAGUCGAUUGUCUCUCUCAAGCUUUUGGGGCUUAUUCCUCAUAUGUGGCAUUGCAUGCAUCCUCUCUCUUACUGUGUUUUUCUGUAGAAUUUUCUGUCAGUACCGUAAAUAUAGCCCAGAUGAUGAGGAGGAGACUGAGGUCGAUCCUUCCAGGCCUACACCCCCUUCCCGCUGCACCAGCUUGAGGGACGUGAUCGACUUCAUUGAUAAGAAGGAAGAAGAGAUCAAACAGAUGUUCAAGCGGAAUCCUAGGGAAACAAAACAAGAAGCUAGUCAGAGCGCAGAUGGGUAGUCCUAUUCACCUGCUUAAGAAUGUCCCCUCCUGAUUUGGCUGCUGUGCUCUCUACUGAUUUUCCAAGUGUUCAAACACCCAAUACACAUCUAUGAUCUAUCAGAAAUUAGGUUCCUUUCCUCAUAUCAGAAAUUGGGCAGGUAGAAAGAAAAUGGUUAUGAGAAGCUUUUGGAAGAAUUUGAGAAAGUAUCGGCUAUAUUUGUUCUGUUGUAUGUUACCGUGAUGUCUGUACUUCUAUUUUUUCUUUUGGAGGAUGGAACUUUUAAUAUGGAGAGAGUUCUUUACAUCUGCACCUUCUUGUUCUUGAUGGAGCUGAAGGGUAUAUUGAAACGGAAGAUUUCUUUCGGCUGCAAA